UCCACCCCAAAGCGUAUCCACCGGGAGGAGAAGCCCAGGCGGGUAAGGAGCGAGCGCUUGCGCCCGGGAAGCCCCGUCCGGGGGCCAUGGGGGAACAGCUGAGGCUGCCGCCGGGAGAACCCUGCCGAGAAGGCUACGUGCUGUCUCUGGUCUGUCCUAACUCCUCCCAGGCUUGGUGUGAGAUCACAAAUGUGUCACAGCCGUUGGCUUCUCCUGUCCUCUACAGGGACCUGAAUUCCAGCAUAACCAACUUGAGCAUUUCUGCAAAUGUAGAAAACAAAUGCAAUCUUUAUGUGGGCCUGGUACUGGCAGUGAGUUCCAGUGUUUUUAUUGGCUCCAGCUUCGUAUUGAAAAAGAAGGGCCUCUUGCAACUGGCCAACAAGGGUGUUACUAGAGCUGGACGAGGUGGGCAUUCUUACCUCAAAGAAUGGCUCUGGUGGGCAGGAUUACUCUCAAUGGGAGCGGGGGAGGCUGCGAAUUUUGCAGCCUAUGCUUUUGCACCUGCCACCUUGGUCACCCCACUAGGCGCUCUGAGCGUUCUCAUAAGUGCAAUAUUGUCUUCCUAUUUUUUAAAUGAGCGCUUGAACAUUCAUGGAAAAAUAGGCUGCAUAUUAAGUAUAUUGGGGUCAACUGUGAUGGUUAUCCACGCUCCGCAAGAAGAGGAAGUCACAUCUUUGCACGAAAUGGAAAUGAAAUUGAGAGACCCAGGAUUUAUUUCCUUUGCUGUGAUCAUAACUGUGAUCUCUUUGGUGCUGAUUUUGAUCGUGGCUCCCAAGAAAGGACAGACCAAUAUAUUGGUUUACAUUUCAAUCUGUUCAUUGAUUGGGGCGUUUUCAGUUUCCUCUGUCAAGGGCCUGGGAAUUGCCAUUAAGGAACUAUUGGAAUGGAAGCCAGUUUACAAGCAUCCCCUGGUCUUUGUUUUGCUGGCUGUACUUGUGCUUUCAGUGACAACACAGAUUAACUAUCUCAACAAGGCCCUGGACACCUUUAAUACAUCGCUUGUGACUCCCAUUUAUUAUGUGUUCUUCACGUCCAUGGUAGUGACUUGCUCCGCCAUCUUAUUCCAAGAAUGGUAUGGUAUGAAAGCUGGAGAUGUCAUUGGGACCUUGAGUGGGUUCUUCACCAUUAUCAAUGGCAUCUUCCUUCUACAUGCUUUUAAAAACACUGACAUUACCUGGAGUGAGCUGACAUCCACUAAGAAAGAAGUCUUCUCUCUGAAUGGCAGUGAAGACAAAUAUGUGUUACUAGAGAACAGAGAAUGUUCAGCCCCAGAAUACAAUGAUGACAUUACAUUGUUUAGCAGGACUGAUGAUUGAAGUAUCUAGAAACCCUGAACUUUAAUCAACAUGAGGCACUUGGAGAGGAGAAAAAUACCUAAUUCUUGGAUGAACUACGAAGAAAGCUGGCAUUUUUAAGUUCUAACUAAUAAUUUGGAUGUGAGGCCAAAUAAAAACACCUUCAUUUUUGGCCAUCAGCUUUGAAGAUCAAGGUUUUGAUCCUCCUCCAGAAGACUUCUGAUGCUUUUCAUUUCUGCAAACUUGAAAUAUUCCCUGUGCACGAAAGAAGUUAAAGAGUUAGAUGAGUCUCAGAUCAUCUCUUUCUUCUGGUCACAAUGUCUUUGGCUCUGCCAGACGGCUCUCCAUUUCUUUGGCUGCUCUUCCUAGUCUCACAGUAAUUCACAGGUGAACUUCACUGUGUGCUGAGAAGUCACCACUCUCUGAUGAGUCGUAGUUCCACAUCGUUAAAACUGAGCUUCGAGAUCACUGCUGCUCUUCCUCCCCCUCCACAACUUCCUUCUUCCUAAGCUAGAUAGCUAAAGAGGAGAGCGUGAAAGAAAAAAAUAGGCCUGCCUUGGAAAUCUGUUCCGUGGUGGGCUAGAAUGUACAAGACAGAAGUACCGAUGAAGGGCUUAUGAACUGUAAUUUAUUGACAUAUCAUAGAAUUUUAUUGCUAAUUAAAAAGAGGAGAAUGGAGGAGGGAGAAAAAUGUUUUAUAUUUUAGAUAAAUGAAACACAUCUCUUUUUUCUUUUCAGGAAAACAAAAAACAAACACAAAUGAUUAUGUUUGUGGGUUUUUUUUAACUCAGACCUGGACAAUAUAAGACAAAGUUGAGUUUCUGGAGAAGUCCAAGCAAAUUCAGCUUUCGAGUUACUUAUCUUCAUUUAGUUCCUUUCUUUUACUACUAUACCAAAGGUCAUUUUUUGUUGUUGUUGAUGUAGAGACUUUUGUAAAUAAUUGCUACAUUAUUUUAGGAUUAUAUGGUACACUUCCAUUUUUCUCA